GCUUGAAACGUGCUCCCCAAAUAAGUAUCUUGCCGCCGGCAAACAAGGCGCUAUAGCGAUCGGUGUUUGAGCCACACUAGAUUUUCUCUUAGUCGUGUACGUGCGUAGAGAGUUGCACGAGACUGGUUUCAAAUUAUUUUAUCGAGAUUUUGUCAAUUUCUGCCGAACUUAAUCAAUUAAAAAUGGCUGAAACCAAAGAUCAGGCAUUCCAGGAACCAGCUCCUGGUGAAACUGAGGUGUUGGUUGUUGAUAAAAAGAAAAAGAUGGGGCAGAAAAAAGGGAAGAAGGAGAAGAAGGAUAUGGAUGAUCUGAAGAAGGAGUUGGAGAUGGAUGAGCAUCGUGUUCCGUUGGAGGAAUUACUCGCGAGGCUUCAAACUGAUCCACAGAAGGGUUUGACUUCGAAGCAAGCCGCUGAGAUCUUAGAGCGUGACGGCCCUAACUGCCUCACACCUCCCAAGACAACCCCUGAGUGGAUUAAGUUCUGUAAGAAUUUAUUCGGAGGUUUCUCUACCUUGUUGUGGAUUGGAGCCAUCCUAUGUUUGUUCUCCUUUGCUCUUGAGUCGCAAAAUGAGAACCCAAAUUGGGAUAAUUUCUACCUUGGAGUUGUAUUAGCAAGUGUGGUCAUCAUCACCGGUUGUUUCCAAUACUACCAAGAAUCGAAAAGUUCAAAGAUUAUGGAAUCGUUCAAGAACAUGAUACCUCAGCAAGCCUUGGUGAUCAGGGAUGGUGAGAAAUGUCAGAUCCUCGCUCAAAACAUUGUGUUGGGAGAUAUCUGUGAAGUGAAAGGAGGGGACAGAAUCCCAGCCGAUCUCAGGGUUAUUUCUGCAAGUGGAAUGAAGGUUGACAACUCCUCACUGACCGGUGAAUCGGAGCCACAGAGCAGGUCGCCCGACUGCACGCAUGAGAACCCCAUUGAAACACGAAACAUCGCUUUCUUCUCCACCAAUUGUGUUGAAGGUUCUGCCCGUGGGAUUGUAAUUAAGUGUGGUGACGAUACAGUGCUCGGAGUAACUUUCUUCAUCAUCUCCAUCAUCUUGAAUUACACUUUGUUGGAAUCGACCGUGUUUCUCAUCGGUAUCAUUGUGGCAAAUGUACCUGAGGGUCUCAUUGCUACCGUUACUGUGUGUUUGACUUUGACUGCAAAGCGUAUGGCUCGUAAGAACUGCUUGGUGAAGAACCUGGAAGCCGUAGAAACUCUUGGAUCAACAUCAACAAUCUGUUCCGACAAAACUGGAACUUUGACGCAGAACAGAAUGACUGUCGCACAUAUGUGGUUUGAUAAUCAGAUCGUGGAAGCUGAUACAACAGAAGAUCAAUCUGGAACAUCAUUCGACACAAAGUCCGAGACCUGGAUUGCUUUGUCAAGAGUUGCAUUGUUAUGUAACAGAGCAAACUUCUUACAAGGCCAGGAGAAUGUUCCAGUGUUGAAGAGAGACACAGCUGGUGAUGCAUCAGAGUCAGCGUUGUUGAAAUGCGUUGAAUUAUCUUUGGGAGACGUUGAAGGCAGAAGAAGAAGAAACGCAAAGAUCGUGGAAAUUCCUUUCAAUUCAAUGAAUAAAUACCAGGUUUCGAUCCACGAGACAGAAGAUCCAAAUGAUAAACGUUACUUGCUGGUGAUGAAGGGAGCUCCGGAACGAAUCCUGGAUCGUUGCAACCGCAUCAUGAACAAAGGAGCUGCAGAAACAAUGACUCAGGAAUGGAAAGAUGAUUUUGAAUCUGCUUACAUGGAGCUUGGUGGAUUAGGGGAGCGUGUACUUGGUUUCUGCCACGAGUAUCUUCCAUUGGACCAAUUUCCACCCGGCUUCAACUUUGAUACUGAUGAUGUCAACUUCCCCCUUGAAAACCUAACAUUUGUGGGGUUAAUGUCCAUGAUUGAUCCACCUCGAGCUGCUGUGCCUGAUGCUGUUGGGAAAUGCAGAAGUGCAGGAAUCAAGGUUAUCAUGGUAACAGGAGAUCAUCCAAUCACAGCGAAGGCGAUUGCUAAAGGUGUCGGUAUUAUAUCGGAGGGUAACGAUACAGUUGAGGACAUUGCUGCAAGGUUGAAUAUUCCUGUGGAUGAAGUUGACCCAAGACAAGCGAAAGCAGCUGUCGUCCACGGUUCGGACCUUCGUAACAUCAGUGAUGAAGACUUGGAUGACAUCGUGAAGAACCACACAGAGAUCGUGUUCGCUCGAACUUCACCGCAACAGAAACUUGUUAUUGUGGAGAGUUGCCAGCGUGGGGGAGCCAUCGUAGCUGUAACAGGAGACGGAGUAAACGACUCGCCUGCAUUGAAGAGAGCAGACAUUGGUGUUGCCAUGGGUAUCGCUGGCAGUGAUGUCUCAAAACAAGCGGCCGACAUGGUUUUAUUGGACGAUAACUUUGCUUCCAUUGUAACUGGUGUUGAGGAAGGUCGUUUGAUCUUUGAUAACUUGAAGAAGUCGAUUGCUUACACUCUCACAUCCAACAUCCCUGAGAUCACUCCCUUCCUCAUCUUCAUCAUGCUCAACAUUCCGCUUGCUCUCGGCACCGUCACCAUCCUCUGUAUCGAUCUCGGAACUGAUCUGUUACCUGCGAUCUCAUUGGCUUACGAACAAGCAGAAAGUGACAUCAUGAAACGUCAACCUCGUGAUCCCGUGAAAGAUCGUCUCGUGAAUGAACGUCUCAUCUCGCUCACAUACGGACAAAUCGGUAUGAUCCAAGCAUUGGCUGGUUUCGUGAAUUACUUUGUUAUCAUGAUGAUGAAUGGGUUCAAACCUGAUCGUCUUCUUGGUAUCCGUGUUGAAUGGGACGAUAGAACCAACGAUGCAGUGGUUGAUUCAUACGGGCAAGAAUGGUCAUACAGCCAAAGGAAGGUUGUUGAGUUCACGUGUCAUACUGCUUUCUUUACAUCAAUUGUGAUCGUACAAUGGGCUGAUUUGCUCAUCAGUAAAACUCGACGUCUCUCCAUCUUCCAGCAGGGAAUGAGAAACAAAGUAUUGUUGAUGGGAUUGUUUGAAGAAACAGCAUUGGCCACCUUCCUAUCAUAUUGCCCCGGUAUGGACUCAGCAUUAAGGAUGUAUCCACUUGAAUGGGAGUGGUGGUUGGUGCCCAUGCCUUUCUCACUCAUUAUCUGGUUGUAUGACGAGAUCCGUAAAUUCUUCAUCAGAAAAUACCCAGGAGGUUGGGCAGAGAGUGAGACUUAUUAUUAAGAAGGAAUCUUCUUGGAAACAUUUGGUACGACACACACACACACGCCACAAUGUGGCCAAUAGUCACGAAGGAACUUUUUCUUUUUAUAUUCAUUCACGGUGGUUUAAUGUUUGAGGUGCUCACUCCGUAUUUAUUUAUUCAAUUUAACUUGGCAAAAUUUUUUCUAGCAAAUUUCUUAACAUUAGUUGAACUACUUGCACAAACAUUACAUGACAUCUUAACCUGCCAUUAUAGGAAUAAUUGGAUAUCUGCGUUUUUUGAUGUUUUUUUUUGUUUUUACUAAUUCAUGUAGUCACAUCUGCUUUUACCGCAAGUUAUUGCCGACGCCUCAUGCGAGGUGUUUGUGUGUCGCGUGUUAUAAUAUGAGUAAACGUAAUUUUUGCAAAGUAGCAACAUCCUUCUAAUGUGUGGCAGUGUGUGUGUGUGCGUCAACUGUCUGGAAUUCAAAUCCAAAAUUUUGACAAAAUUUUUCCUGCAACAUAUUAUAUGAUCUUUAUGCCGCAUGAAUGAGGUCGCUUAAAACAGAUACAACGUAACGUUGUGCAAAUAUCUGGUUACAAUAAAUAACAAUUACAUUAA